AUGAAUCUGAACUGGGCCCAGAUACUCUUCCUGCAGGGAGAGAGGAACGGACAGGAGAACCUGAAGAAGGAUCUCGUCAGGAGGAUUAAGAUGCUGGAGUAUGCCCUCAAACAGGAGAGGGCCAAGUACCACAAGUUAAAAUAUGGAACAGAGUUGAACCAAGGAGACGUGAAACCUCCCAGCCAUGACUACGAUGAGGUGAUUGAGAAUGAGACUCCUGGGUCCUUGAACAACCAGCUGUCCUGGAAACAAGGCCGCCAGCUCCUCAGACAGUAUCUCCAGGAGGUGGGUUACACAGACACCAUCCUGGAUGUGAAGUCUCACAGGGUACAAACCCUGCUGGGUCUGGCUGGAGACGGACGGGGACCUGUGGAGAGGACGGCCAACGGAACAGACACCUCACCUAAAGGCACGCGCACCAGAGGAGGGACGACAGAGCAGUCCAGUGUUGUGCAGGAGGCCUUUAGGUUCAUAGAGAGCUCUGCAGCUGACUACAGUGAUGAAGAUGAUGAUGAAGACGGUUCAGGGAAUGACAGGACUAUCAUGGAACAGACAGGACCUACGGGGACGAUUGUGAGGAAGAAGCCGUCCCUCUCCACCAGUAUGGACACUAGUGAGGACCCAGACACUGACGAUGCAAUGAAGGGCUUUGACUUCCUGUCUAGUCCAGAUGAUAUGGACACGUCACCUGAGUCCCGUAGCGCAGGAAACGGGACCAAGUGGGAGGAGGAGGAACAGACUGCCAUGUCAGAGGUCUGGGACAUGGACCAGGGUCUGAUAACCAAACUCAAAGAGGAGUACAGGAAGGAACGCAAGGGGAAAAAAGUGGGGCAGAGACCGAACCGGUCUAAGCUCCAGGACAUGUUGGCCAACCUGAGGGACCAGGAGGACAUGAAUCCCAGAGAACCCUCCUCUACUUCCCAGUCCCGCUCCAACGCACCCAGGCUCAAUGAACACCACCAGGACAACCACACUGAUGAAGUGGAGGUGUUGACGGUCCCUCCUUCCUCUGGGACGGCCUUUAUCCUGGGUCCUGAUGUGAACAUGGAGGCUGCACUGGGACUUGGAGAGUUGGCUGGUCUCACUGUAUCUAAUGAGGCUGAUAGUCUGGCCUAUGAUAUGUCCAACGACAAGGGUGCCCUGAGGAGGACGUGGAACCCCAAGUUUACUCUGCGGAGCCACUUUGACGGGAUCCGAGGUUUGGCGUUCCACCCCGUAGAACCGGUUCUGGUCACCGCCUCGGAGGACCACACGCUGAAGAUGUGGAACCUGCAGAAGACUGCCCCCGCAAAGAAGAGUGCCUCUGUAGAUGUGGAGCCCAUGUACACAUUCAGAGCCCACCAGGGUGCAGUGCUGUGUGUUGUGAUGAGCAGUACAGGAGAGCAGUGUUUCAGUGGAGGAGUGGACGGGACCAUUCAGAGCUGGAACACACCUAACCCUAACCUCGACCCAUACGAUUCAUACGAGCCGUCUGUCCUGCGUGGGGCGCUGUGUGGUCAUACUGACUCGGUGUGGGGUCUGGUGUACAGUGGUGUUCAUCAGAGACUCCUGUCUUGUUCUGGAGACGGCAGCGUCAGGCUAUGGGACGCCUCCAGUACCAGGCCUGCCCUGGCCACCUUCCACAGUAAAGAGUUUGGCGUGCCCUCGUCAGUGGACGUGGUCUGCAGUGACCCCGCCCACAUGGUGACGUCGUUCACCGGCGGUCAGAUUGGCCUCUUCAACAUGGAGACACAGCAACUGGUGCUCAGCCUGGAGUCUGCUGCAGAGACGGGUAACCCCUGUCAGAUCAACAAGGUGCUGAGUCACCCCACCCUCCCCAUCACCAUCACCGCCGAAGAGGACAAACGCAUCAAGUUCUACGACAACAACACGGGGAAGCUGAUCCACUCAAUGGUGGCCCAUCUGGAUGCUGUUACCAGUCUAGCUGUCGACCCCAACGGGCUCUAUCUGAUGUCUGGCAGUCAUGACUGCUCUAUUCGUCUGUGGAACCUGGAAACUAAGACGUGUAUCCAGGAGUUCACAGCUCACAGGAAGAAGAAUGAUGAGUCUAUCCAUGACGUGGCCUUCCACCCCUCUAAGGCCUACAUCGCCUCCGCCGGGGCCGACGCUCUCGCCAAGGUGUUCGUAUGACGAGGACCAAUCACAGUCCACUGACACAGCUUCCCAGCUCCAGGGACCAAUAGAUGUGGGUGUGUGGGGUGCUACGCAGACUUCACCUCACACAUAUCCCCUCUCACGCUACUGGUUCCCUGUUUUGACUGCUGGAUGGUGCAGCCAAUAGACUCUAAUAAGCACCAGACUAGGCGCUCCUCCAGAGGGAGAGGGUCAGGGCUGUGGUUGACUGGGAGGUCUGUUUGGAGAACUGCUAUUGGGCACAAGGCUUCCUCCUCCCUCUAUAAUCCAGGCAGGCCCCUGGGUGUGACCGGCCACAGAGACCCUCCUCCUCAACCUGUAUCCAUUGAUCACCCACACAGACUGAUUCUAUGGUUCAGACUAGUCUUAUGCUCUGUCUUCACAGCUAGCGAAGGGUUGAAGACAGACUGACAGGUGUUUUAUAGUGUAGACUCACUGGAGAGGUGGAGCACCUUGCCCUAACUCCCUCCCCA